CAUAAUACCAAUUGAGCCAGUUUGUCGGCUCACUCUCCGCCUCACCUCCAUCAUGCAUACAUACAGAGGUCACAGAGCAGAUUCGUUCAGGCCAAUUGACGUCCUUGAGCUCAACGAACUUAGGGCGCGCAACCGCACAUUUAAUGGUGCUUAUCGCCGUACCGCCAUUGCUACCCUUGGGUACGCACUAACGGCCCUCCGACUGUUUGAUUCGCGUUUUCUUAAAAUCGGUAUUCUCUAUCUCGUCCUCUCUAUUCUCCUCUUUGCUCUCGGGUUUAUUCGUGCUCGAAAGUCACGGCACGACUUUUCCGACCGAUCGAAAACUAGCACUCUUUUUGAUGAGGCGCUCCCUACUGUCGGGCAGGAAGACAGACGAGAAUAUGGACGUCCAUUCAUAACGGCCGGACGUGAUGUUGUUGCUGUUGGUGCUCUCGUGAUGAUGGUGGAGAUCCUGUUGCUUGCGUUUGUACUUCAAAUGUGACUCUUGCCUGUGCGGCAACAUCCUCACACAUUAGCUCUGCUGGCCAAGUGUUAUUCAUACCCGCACUUCUAUCCUUCGCUGUUUCAGCCUGGGAACGCAGAGCCUUCGAUACGCCAUCUACUAGUGUUGAUGUAUCGUAACUAUCGCAUCAAAUACAUUCACAUGGUCAAUGCGGUAUCCCU